AUGGCCGACGGCGUCUACCCUCCCUCCAAGACCACCCCCCGACCUGGCGGACACUCCUUCCCGCCCACCAAGUCCCAGGCGACCGGAGCCACACGCCUGGCCUACCGCCCCCACCCCGCCAAGGCACGUCCCAGCCGCCGCAGCAGCAGCCGCGGCUUCUGCUGCUCCUGCUGCCUCUGUUUCUUCGUGCUUCUGGCCGUUCUCUUCGUCCUGGCCACUGUUUCCGGGGGAAUAUUCUACGCCCUCUACCGCCCCCGCCGCCCCGCCUUCUCCGUAACCAGCUUCCGUGUCGUCGCAUUCAGCAUCUCCUCUUCCGGCCACGUCACCUCCCGCUUCGAAGUCAACGUCACCUCCCGCAACCCCAACAAGAAGCUCGCCUACCUCUACGACCCCAUCAGCAUCUCCGUCGUCUCCGGCGGCGCCGACAUCGGCGACGGCUCUUUCCCUGCGUUCGCCCAGGACUCCGGCAGCGUGACCCGGCUCUCCGCGGCUGCUUCGAGCGCGGGGCAGGCGCUGGACUCUGCCACGGCGUCGGAGCUGAGGAGGAGCAGCGGCGGCGGCGUGCCGGUGGUGGUGGAGAUGGAGACGAAGGCCGGCGUGAAGAUUGGGGGGCUGAAGACGAAGCGGGUCGGGAUGAAGGUGAGGUGUGAGGGGCUCAGCGUGGCGUUGCCCAAAGGGAAGAAGCCGGCCGCGGUCUCGUCCGGCGGCGACUGCGCAGUCGAAGUCCGGGUCAAGAUCUGGAAGUGGAGUAUCUAG